AUGGAGCGGAGGGAGUUGAGCCCCAGGGGAAGAAGGGCACCCCGGCCGGGUCAUCUGAGCGCUUCUCCCGCCGGCCUCUCGGCCACUCCAGCCCCCGGGCUGGCCGUGGAGGUGAAGGUGCCCACCGAGCCCCUGAGCGCGCCGGCGGGCAGGACCGCCGAGCUGACGUGCAGCUACAGCACAUCGGUGGGAGACAACUUCGCCCUGGAGUGGAGCUUCGUGCAGCCUGGGAGGCCCGUCUCCUCGUCCCAACCCAUCCUGUACUUCACCAAUGGCCAGCUGUAUCCAACUGGUUCUAAGGCAGAGAGGGCCAGCCUGCUUCAGAACCCCCCCACAGGAGGAGUGGCCACCCUGAAACUGACUGACGUCCACCCCUCGGACACUGGAACCUACCUCUGCCAUGUUAACAACCCGCCAGAUUUCUACACCAAUGGGUUGGGGUUAAUCAACCUUACUGUGCUGGUGCCCCCCAGUAGCCCCUCGUGCAGUCAGAGUGGUCAGACCUCUGUGGGGGGCUCUGCUGCAUUGAGAUGCAGCUCUUCCGAGGGAGCCCCCAGGCCGGUGUACAACUGGAUCCGCCUUGGAUCUUCUCCUACACCACCUCCUGGCAGCAUGUUGCAAGAUGAGGUGUCCGGCCGGCUCAUCCUCACCAAUCUCUCCCUGGCUUCCUCGGGCACCUACCGCUGUGUGGCCACCAACCAGAUGGGCAGCGCAUCCUGUGAGCUGACCCUCUCUGUGACUGAGCCUUCCAAAGGCCGAGUGGCUGGGGCUGUGAUCGGGGUGCUGCUGGGCCUGCUCUUCCUGUCAGUUGCUGUGUUCUGCCUGAUGAGGUUCCAGAAAGACAGGAGGAAGAAGCCCAAGGAGACAUACGGGGGGAGUGACCUACGGGAGGAUGCCACCGCACCUGGGCUUUCUGAGCAAACUUCUGUGAGGGCCGAUUCUAACAAUGGGCUCCUGGAGAGGCCCCCAUCUGCCAGCACUGUGACAACCACCAAGUCUAAGCUCCCUAUGGUUAUCUGA